AUGGUGCCCGCGGAUCUGCUUGUGCGCAUAGAGUGGACCUGCUGCGAUGCCACCCGCCCGCUGCGAGAGCGCACCGCGAUGGGCUGCUUCAACGAGGAGUACACCGAGGAAAUCUGCUGCAUGCCCGAGGGGGGGGACCCCGCCGUCAGCGACGCCAACCUCGCACCCCGGAGGGGCGAGGCGCCCUGGCAGGUGGACGAGGCUUGCGCGCACCAGUGGGGAGGCGGCGCCAACGUCGUGGCACCCGAGGAGCCUAAGGCCAGCAGCGGCGCCGCGAGCACGGUGCCCCGCUGCGGCGGCGAGCGGCUCUUCAGCUGGGACGGCACCGCGGUGCGGCGCGUCGGCAACGGGCCCUUUGAGGUCUGGGACCUCUCGCCCUGCCGCUGGCGGCGCUGCGCCCGCGCCGACCUGCGGCUGGUGGCCGCGGUGCCCGCCGGGGUCGUGUGGGUGCCCCCGCAUACCAUGGACCAGCUCGCGGUGCUGGCUACGACCUCAGACGGGCCAGCGGGCGGCGGGCCCGCGGGGGCGGGGGCGGAGGUGCUGAGCCUGUGGAGGCCCAACUGGUUCCGGCAGGCGCGCCCGCUCGAGCGCGCGGCGCCCCCCGAGGAGAGGCCCUCGGUCCACGUCCUCGUCCUGGACGCGGUGAGCCGGACGGCGCUCCGCCGCGCGAUGCCGAGGCUGCACGAGUUCCUGCUGCGCGAGGCGGCCGCGCCCGCGCCGCGGGGCACGCCGGCGCCGCCGGACACGCCGGCCGUGCCCGCCAGCCACGAGGUGGCCUCCUUCUCGCGCUACCACACGUCGCAGCCUGGGGGCACGCUCUCGCAGCUGUUUCCUGCCUUCUUCGGCGGCCUGCGCCGCUGCGAGGGGCUCGGUGCCUCGGCGAGCCGCCCCGUGGAUGCCGGCGGCAUGUACAACGUCACCCGGCUGCUGCGCAAGUGCGCCGCCUUCCCGCGGGGCGCGCUGCGUGAGCUGCGCCGCCACGGGUACCGCCUCGGACUCGCGGCCAGCAUGGUCGCCGCCGCAGGCAUCGUGCACGGCGAGGGAUGGGACUACGUGCUGCCGUAUACUGCGGGGCUCAUGCCCGGGCUGGACGAGGACCACGUCGACUUCGGGUGCGUGAACGCUCAGCCGUACUACCGGCUGGUGUUGGAGUGGGGCCGGCAGCUCCUCGGGAUGCACCGGACGGUCCCGCUCUUUCUCUACACUCACCUCCAGGCUGCGCACGCAGACUUGGACCAGCUAGGUUCGCUGGACGUGCCACUGAGGGAUCACCUGAUCAGCCUCAUGGAGGAGUAUCCCGAGGUUCUCUUCCUCGUGGCGUCAGACCACGGUAACGUCUGCCGCCUGUGCGACCAGCGCGCCCCGCUUCUGCACGUGAUGGCGCCAAGCAGCCUGCUGCGCGCACGCCCCGCCAUCGCGGCUGCGUUGAGGUCGAAUCAAGAGCAGGUGGUCUCCGGAUGGGACAUCUUCGAAACGCUGCUGCACCUCGCAGCUGGCACCUCGACCGCUGCCAGCCCCGGCGGUGCCUUCGGGAGGCUGCUCAAGCGGGGUGUGGGCCAACUCGUUGCCUCGCCAGUGAAGAGCCACCAGGAGGUCACCCUCGUGGACCUGGCCGGGGGCUUCGAGCCCCGCAGCCUCUUUCGGGCCAUGCCCGCGGGGCGCACCUGCACCGCCGCCGGCAUCCGGCCGCGCCACUGCCAGGUCCGGGCCGCCGUCGAGAGCCAGAUCGUCUUCUGCGCACCCUGGGGGGCGCUGAGCAGCAUCACUCGGGGCGACCACGCGGCGGCCGAUCGGCGGCACGUCACCGCCCCGGCCAACGGUUCCGCCAGGCAGAUGGUGUGCGAGCUCUCCAGGCUGAACUCCCUGGCGAUCCUGCUGGACUCGUGGCGGGAGACUUUGUCGGUGCUGGACCCCGGGGGCCUGUGCGCGCGACUCGCCCUCGGGACCCUCGAGUACGUCGCGAGCGACGGCGCAGGGCAGUUCACCAUGCGCUUCUCCACCCGGGAGGGGGACCCGCCACGCCUGUUCGGUGCUUCGUUCGAGGUGGGCCACGCGAGCCGGGUGACCUUCCAGCAGGUGAGCCAGAUCACCAGGUACCGGAAGUACGAGGCCUGCACCCCGCCGGGCGUGCCCGCGGACAUUUGCGUGUGCGACCUCCAGGUCACCCACGGGGGCGCGAAGGUAGCACUUGGAGACUUCGCCAUGGAUCCCGCAAGGGGGAUGAGUCGUUAG